AUGCCUUCGCGCCAAGCCAACACGAGCGUACACACCAAAUUCGAUUCAUCAAAUACGCCAACGGUAGCCUCGACUAACUCGUCGCGGCCGACCACUCCUUCAGUGCCCGAAGUCCCAGCAAGAUACAAUUCCCGCCCGCAUGACGAGAAAUUUGCGGAGGACAGCAUUCACGACGACAAUGAGAAAACAAUCAGCUCCGGAGCGGUAACUCCGCCGGGGCCUCCCGGGCCUCCCGGUCCACCCGGAGGACACGAGGGAAUCAAGUUGACACGCACCCACGAAGUCUUCUUCGUCGCGACAGUUGCCAUGGCACACUUCAUGAUCCAAUGCUGCAUUGGCAUUGCACUGGCGCCGAUCGACAUCAUCGCGAGAGACUUACGGACGGGGAACCCAGGAGAGCAGAGUUGGUUCAUCUCGUCGUACGCUCUGACGGUGGGCACCUUCAUCCUCAUCGCGGGGCGAGCCGGUGAUAUCAUGGGCCACAAGCGCAUUUUCAUCUUCGGCUACUGCUUCCUGGGCUUCUGGAGCGCGCUGGCAGGGUUUGCCGUCUACCCGCGCUCGCAGAUUUUCUUCGACUUCUGCCGCGCCAUGCAGGGCGUGGGAGCCGCGCUUCUCAUGCCCAACGCCCUGGCUCUGCUUGGCCGGUCAUACGCGCCAGGGCCGCGCAAGAACAUCAUUUUCAGCAUCUUCGGCGCCGCCGCACCAUUCGGCGCGGUCGUUGGCAACGUCUCGGGCAGCAUUUUCGGGCAGCUGGUCUGGUGGCCGUGGGGCUUCUGGUCAUACGGAAUCGCCGCCUUCGGGCUCGCCGCCUUCUCCCUCAUCGUCAUCCCCAAGCCGCUGUCCGCCCUUCCUCCUCACCGGCCAAGCUUCGACUGGGGUGGCUCGGUCCUCGGCGUCAUCGGGCUCGUUCUCGUCAACAUCGCCUUCAACAACGGCCCCCUCUACGGCUGGGAGAAGCCGUACGUCUUCGUCCUGCUGAUCGUCGGCGUGCUCGUGCUCGUGGCCUUCGUUUUCGUCGAGCUGCGGGCGAGCAACCCACUACUACCCAAGACGGCGCUGAACAGCACAGUCAUGUUCAUCCUGACGUGCCUCGCGUUCGGGUGGGGCGCGUUCGGGGUGUGGGUCUUCUACACGUUCCGGUUCCUCGAGGUGGUGCGGCAGGAGACGCCGCUGCUCGUGUCGGCGCAAUUCGUGCCCGUCAUCGUGGCCGCCGUGCUCGCGUCGGGCGUGACGGGCUACAUGCUCAGCCACACGCCCGUCAGCUUCGUUAUGCUGUGCGCCAUGGUGGGCUUCUUCCUCGGCAUCGUCCUUGUCGGCACCAUGCCCAUCGAGCAGACGUACUGGGGCCAGGCCUUCUUCGGCAUCCUCGUCAUGCCCAUCGGCAUGGACAUGUCGUUCCCGGCGAGCACCGUCAUCCUGAGUAACAGCAUGCCGGGCAACCACCAGGGGCUAGCGGCGGCGUUGGUCACCACGGUCAUCAACUACAGUGUCAGCAUUACUCUGGGAAUCGCAGCACUCGUCGAGGUGAAGACGGUCAGUCCGGUUGAUCCGGCGCCCGCGUUGCCUCCCAGCAUUGCGGAGAUUGCUCAUGGCAUGCACAUGGCUUACCUUGUGGGCAUUUCGUUCGGGGCUGCAGCGGUAGUCUUGGCCGCGAUUUUCUUUGUAAAAAGUUUCCUGAAGGAAGGUUGGAAGGUCAUGGCGCAUUGA